AUGUGCCUGGUUCUUUAUCCCCACCUCCAAGGAGUCUGCGUAGCCGGGUACGGACAGUCUGGUGGGAACGAGAUCCUGCAGCUGCUCCCACCGCCAACGCUGCAGGUGAAGGAGACCCAGGGCCUGUGUCCUGAAAGGGAUUUCAAGGUGGAAUGUGGUGGAUUCUCAAACCGCCCAGUGUACAGCCUGAAAUACGUGCCAGACACCAGCUUGCUGGUGACGAGUGGCCCACCAGACAGCUCCCUCCAGGUCUGGCAGGUGUCAGCAGAGGACUCAGAUGUUAUUAAACCCAUAAGUGCCAUACCUACGGAAAAUGGCACUGGGCAACCUUGGGCGAAAAUUGCAACCAUUUCGGCCAGAGCCCCAUGGGUCCUUCACGGCUCGAGACUCGACAGCGUCCAAGUUACGGAAGUUGAAUCAAGGAAAAAUGUCUACAUGGCAGCCUGCAGAAACGGCGAGGAGCUCAGCGGCCUGGCGUUCCUGGAUUGCAACACGCUGCUGCUGUGCUGUGCCAAGGGGCAGCUGUGCCUGGCCGACGUUCGGCAGCCGCGGGAUCCUUUGGAAGCCGCCUCCGGCCCCCCGGCGCCCUGGAUUCGCCUCUCGAGCGGAGGGCACCUCACCCUCACAGAUGCCAGGAAAACCUCGGAGCCCUUGGCAUCAGCAAAGUGCAGACUUCCCUCUCCCAGCUCCGGCACGGAGUUCCUGUGCGUCUCCUGGGCUCCUGCUCUGGAAGGCUGCCUGGCUGUUUCAGGAUUUGAUGGGACCGUGCAGGUGUAUGACACGCAGAGCUGGGACGGCUCUGGCAGAGAAGCAGAACCCAUCUUUAUUCACAAAGGGCACGCGUUGGGUGGAGCGGGCAGCGGCGGAGACCCUCCCCUGGUCACGGCACACGCGUGGCAUCCGCAGAAACCGAGAACCUUACUGUCAGCAGCGAGCGACGGUUCCCUGCACGUUUGGGACUGGGUUCAGCCUUGUGGGAAGUGUGGGUAG